AAGAAUAGAAAUGCCACGGAUGACGAGAUCAUUAAGGCAUAUGUAGAGCAACAAGCUUAUAGUGGCCCAGUACAACAAGCAUCAGGGUUGAGUCAAACGCGUGAACUUGAGAAGGCCUUUAACGUCUCAUUCCGAGAUCCUGUCGGCUAUCUACGUGUACUAUGCCAACGGAUACAUCAAGUUGCAGACACCGAUGACCACUUCAAUUACUUGGCUAUCAUCCAGUCAUCGGGGUAUGGAAAGACAAGAGCAGGCUGUGAACUUGCGGCUGAAUUCCCCUUUGUAUAUGUCUGUUUUCGCGAAAAUGGCUCAACUGGAUACUCUCCGGCCACCCCGAAGAGUAUGGAUAUGCUAAGAAACAUAAAAGAAGCAAGGAAUGUAGAUGAAGCUGAAGUUGAGGCACUGGGCUGGAUUCGAUCGAUCAUCUCAACGUUUCAUGAGAAAAGAGAAGAAUUUUGCAAGAAGGAACCGCAAGAGAGAUACCAGCAAGCGUUGUUGAAAGACCAGCAACAAGCCAUAGAUUUCUGGAAUGCUGUCAAUGCCAAUCGUAAAAAUGAAGAGUUGCCACAAACUAGGGAGAAGAUAAUUCUUUUUAUCAAUGAAGCCUCUGCUCUACUUUCUAAAAAAAAGGAUCAAGGGGCUGUUACUGAAAAAAAUCAGGCAUUUAGAGCAGUUCGGCGUGCCCUACUCAGAUAUAAGACCUAUAUUACCGGUCUCUUGAUAGAUACAAAUUCCUCAGUUGCCAACUUGGCACCUCAGAUUGAACAUGAUCCUUCAGCGAGGGGCUCUAACCGUAAAGUCCAUAAACCAUUCAUCUACUUGGCCACGAUGGAUUGCCUAAGUGCCGAUAUUUCACUCAAUGAGAAUGGUUCAGGUCAUGAUAUCAUUCGGUUUGGCAGACCGUUAUGGGGUUCUCAGUGGCAAUCAGCAGACUUGGCACCUGAUCUCGUCAAGUCGCAUAUGGCAACAUUGAUUCACAUUGAUGAUGAUCGCAAGAAACAUCUGAUAACUUACCCAUCUGAGCCUGUAUUGGCUGAAGCUGCACUGGAGGUGCUAUCAGAGAAUGGUGUAGAGCUUGGGGUGCUAACGGAACUGGAUGCUGUCAACAAAUCCAGUGGAAUUCUUGAUGCAGGGAGCCAGGGGGAGCUGGUUGUGAGAUUGUUAUUCUUGAGUGCAUGGCGUCGGUUGAUCUGCUCUGAGAGAAACAGGGAGAAUAAUAAGUCAGAUGUCCUCAAAUUUCUUGAAGAGCUUUUUGAACUAAAGCUUCCAAAGGAGAAAUUUUCCUACCUGAAAGACUUUGAAGUAGGAUUUACCCACUUUAUUGGACUUACAGAAAAACCAGACAUAUCAACACUCAAAAGCAUUUGGGAUCGGCGUGGUGCUAUGCAUUUUAAGAACAAUCAAGAAGGUUCAGAUCUUGGAUUAGUUAUUAGACAUAAGGCGGAUAAAGAACGUUUUGGAGUAUUGGUGGCCAAGAACCUUGCAGUUAAGCAGAACCAAAUGGAAGAAACCUUUGUAGCAGGAUGUCAGCUUGAGCCCAGGAUUACCUUCUCCGAAGACUGUACUAACAUUAUUAAGGAUAAUUAUCUGGCUAUUUAUGUUCACAUUG